UAAAUCUCCCUAUGAGUGUCUCUAUGGUAUUCUUCCUACUAAUGAUCUUCUUAAAAUUUUUGGUUGUGCUUGUUUUGUUUUUUUACCUUCUCAUGAACAUCACAAGUUAGAGUCUUGAGCUCGACUUUAUUGUUUUUUGGGGUAUGGGAUACAACAUAGAGGUGUCUCCUUCUCAUCAAACUCCUAUCUUUACUAAUACACCCCUUGAGCUAUUUCCUAGUGAUGAUGCAGGGUUUCCUGAUGAGCUUUCAAACAAUCAAACUAUCAUGGCUCUUAUUUCAAAAGAUGUCUCUUUUGUGGAUACUACACCUAGAACAAAUGAGAUUGAAAAUUCACCAAUUGCUUCCUCUUCCAGUCAUCCUACUUGGGUAAGAAAUCCACCUACAUAUCUUCAAGAUUACCAUUGUUUGUCUACAUUUACCUCUUUACAUGAACCUCAGCAAGCUAUGAAAGAGGAAUUACAGGCUUUGGAAAAGACAAGUACUUUGGACUUGGUUGAUCUUCCUACUGAUAAAACUCUUGUUGGAUGCAAGUGGGUAUACAAGAUCAAAACUCAUUCCGAUGGAUCUGUGGAGCACUAUAAGGCACACCUGAUGGCAAAGUGUUUUACACAAGAAUAUGACAUUAACUAUGAAGAGACCUUUGCUCCUGUUGCUUAUCUGAUCACAGUAUGCAGUCUACUAGCUAUUGUUGCUGUACGUAAAUGGAAUUCUAUUGUAAGUGAGUUUAGUUUCACAUCUAGUCCACAUGAUACUACUUUAUUUGUCCGUAAAUCUGCUCAAGGAAUGGUUCUCGUACUCAUAUAUGUUGAUGAUGUGAUUAUCACUGGAGAUGAUGUUUCAGGAAUUGAUGAGCUUAAGCAGUUUCUUAGCCACAUAUUUGAGAUGAAAGACCUUGGCUCUUUGAGCUAUUUUUUUAGGACUUGAAGUUUCAUCCUCAGAUGAUAGCUAUCUUUUCUCUCAAGUGAAAUAUGCAUCAGAUCUUAUAUCUAAAGCUUGUCUCAUUAAUAGCAAGAUUGUCUCCACACCUUUUGAACCAAAUGUCAAACUCACAUCAUUAGAUGGCUCUCCAUUUCCUGACCCUACUUGUUAUCGACAGUUGGUUGGGAGUUUGGUUUAUCUUACUACGACACGUCCAGACAUAGCAUAU